CCUCCCCUCCCCUCCCCCCAACACCCAAAGCGCGUGGAUUUCUCUUCAUAUUCUUUUCUUUUCCUUUUCAUUCUCUUCCCACAAGCUUAACAGUAGCUGCAGCUUGUUUAUUUUCUUUGCCUCUUCUAUGUGACUUGUUUGUUGUAAUUUCUUGGUUUGUUUCUAUAUCUGAUUCCUGCUGUCCUUUUCUCAAACAAACUGCUGUUCCAGCAGUACUUCAGUUGGAUUUGGGAGGAACACGGCUUCUUUGUUUUUGUUUUAAUAGAAAGAAAAGCAGUUGUGGGUGAUGGAUGAUCGAUAUAGCUUCCUUUGAGCUCUUGAUUUAGGGGGGCUUCUUCGAGUUUUUGUGCAACUGCAGUGUUAGCAGAGAAGGCCAUGUGAAGAAGCAUUCAAAACUAAGGUAGCGGAUAAUUUUUGUAACCGAUCUCUUGGUAUUGCCUCCUGAAUUCCAGAUUUUGACUUCGGAUCUAAGUUGAAAAGGAUUUUAGUUUCUUCUUAAGCUUCUCUAUUAGCUAUACAUACACAAGUAAAAGGAGAAGAAGAAGAAGAUGAUGAUGAGUUAUAUAUAAACUAGCAGAUUGCUGGUAAAAGUAAUUUGAGAAAGAGACAAGGAGAGAGAAAUAAGGAUCAGAUCGAAAAUCGAAAGCUAAGCUGGCAAAUAAGUGGUGGGAGAGAAUAGAUGUGGCGAUGGCGGGUUUGGAGUCAGGCCCAGGUUCUCGCUACGUCCAAAAUCUUUUCAGACCUGAACUGCACCACCUCCACAGACCAUCCAUUAACCCACCACCGCCUCAACCUCCCCUUUCCUCCGACUCAAAGGACUCUCAUGAAAACACCUACCAAAAGCCUGAUUCUGACGACCCCACCGCACCCUCAGCAUCUGCCUCCAAUCGCCGCCCGCGUGGCCGCCCACCCGGCUCCAAGAAUAAACCAAAGCCUCCUAUCAUAGUCACGCGUGACACACCCAACGCUCUCAGAUCACACGUUUUGGAGGUUACCACCGGCGCUGACAUCGUCGACAGCGUCUCCAAUUACGCCAGGCGUAGGGGCAGGGGCGUUUCAGUCCUAAGUGGCACCGGUACCGUCGCAAACGUCACCCUACGUCAACCGGCUGCUCCCGCUGGUAGCGUGGUUACCCUCCAUGGCAGGUUCGACAUACUUUCUCUCACUGGAACUGUGCUUCCCCCACCUGCGCCGCCUGGUGCUGGUGGGCUCUCCAUCUUCUUGGCCGGUGGGCAGGGCCAGGUGGUUGGAGGAAGCGUGGUGGGUCCACUUCUGGCGUCGGGUCCGGUGGUUUUGAUGGCUGCUUCGUUUUCAAAUGCUGUGUUUGAGAGAUUACCGCUGGAUGAGGAAGAGGCACAGGCCCUGCAAGUGCAGCCCACUGCUUCUCAGUCUUCUGGAGUGACAGGUAGCGCACAGCAACUUGCCGAAGGUGGAGGAGGAAGUAGCAGCGCCGGAGCCGGAGGCGGCGGUGGAGGAUCUUUCUUCACUAUGGGCGGAGCCAAUGUCGGGGGUUAUCCAUUUUCAGGUGAUUUGUUUGGAUGGGGUGGAAAUGGUGUGAGGCCUCCGUUUUAGUUGGUCAUUGUGUGUGGUUUUUUUUCAUGUGUGGAGGAUCCUGAUGACAUGAUCCCUACGCAGGUAGUCUUUGAAUGAUUUGGUUUGAGGAGGAGGAGGAAGAAGAAGAAGGAGGAGGAGGUUGAUGAGAGGAUGAGAUGUAAGGUUGCCUUUAAUUAAUUUGUAUGAUAAAAUUAAAAAAAAAAAGAAAAAGAGAAAAAAGUUAGGCAAUCAAAG